CUAUUCCAUUGUCACAUAAACUGAGACAGCAGAGGGUCUGAUAACACCUGGAGAGGAACAUACUGAAUAGACCACCAUGAACUACGCAAUUCUCAGGUCAACUGUACUCCUGAUCCUCUCCUCAGGUGUUUGCUAUGGAGCCGGUGUCAUCACUGUUGAUUUGCUGCGUGGAAUAACAGGGGAGAUUGUGACCUUCACUACAUCUGUGAAACCGGCAGCCGAACCCUUCAUGGCGUUGACCUGGAGCUUCAAUGGUAUCACCAACGUAAUAACAUCAACCAACGUAGAUGUGGUGGGGCAAGGUUACGAGAACAGGAUCACCCUGGAUAAAGCUACUGGAUCUCUAGUGCUGAAAAACGUGACGGAAAAAGACAUCGGAGAAUACGUACUAAUCAUCAUCCCAUUUGGAGCAGGGCAGCUGCAAGGAAAUGUGAAGCUGGAGGUGCUGACCCCCGUGUCGAAACCCUCAAUGUCCUGCCCCACACAAAACCUGAUAGAAGGUAAAACCUCUCUGAAUCUAACCUGCGACGCUCACGGCGCUGAAUCAAGAGUUUGGAUGAAGGAUGGUCAACCUCUGGUUCCUGGACCAGGAUUCAGCUUUCACAAUGACAACAGAGUGUUGUCCAUCAGCCCCGUGGACAGGAGAGACACCGGAGAGUUUCUGUGCAACGUCAGCAAUCAUUUCAGCUUCAAUACGGCCAAAUGCAAUCUUAAAGUCUACUACGGACCUGACAUGCCAGUGAUCGAUCAGAUGCCAACAGGAGCAGAGCUUGAGGAGAGCGUCUUUCUGAGCUGCUCGGCUGACUCCCUACCCAAGGCGACUUACCUCUGGAAGUUCAGGCUCACGACGAGGAAGGGGCCCACAUACUACAUCCAUGAGAUGGAGAACUGGCACACGGGGAAGUACACCUGCGUCGCCUAUAAUGCAAUCACUGGGCAGGAAGCCUCUGCUUUCCACACACUGCGUGACUCCUCUACUCCCAUCACUGGUUCAAUGUCCAUGGUGUUUUGCACUGUCCUGACUACGCUGGCACUCAGAUUGGUCUAAGACUGCCUUUUGUCUGAGGAAAUAGAUCUUAUACGUCAAGCUUUCUCCUAUUUGAUCUCCUAAUGUAUUGAUGAAGAGUAUAACUCUGUGUCUCUUUAAAACAGUAAUAAAAGAGGUCCACAUUUGUUUUUGUCCCUGAAGUAUUCUUCAAUAACAUACAUCUUUUAUAUUCAUUGUCUUGAAGGACGAGCAUCUGUCUUGGUUUUCCUUUUAAUUGUACAUUAAGACACUUGAAGUUUGGCAAAUUGCUCGAAAAAAAAGUCAAAAAGUCCGAUGUUCUCAUAGCUGCUCACCUUAAUAAAUCAAUCUCAACACUACUUGAUAUUCCAGGUGUUGCAUCACAUGUACUUUAUAUAAAUUGUUAUUUUGUCAUUCAGCCUUCAGUGUUUAAUGCUCUCUCACAGUAACUGAAGCUUGAUAACGUCUUAUCAAGCUGCCACUACAAUAACCUUUUAUUAAAAUCAG